CAAAGACUUUUUCACUAAGCUGUCAGCUUAAUGUCAGUCUUAUUAUUGGUGUAUUAUGUAAUGCUUUGGCUGGAUGAAGAAGCCCCACGACCAAAUAAGGAAACUUACAACCAAAAUAAACAUUGUAGCUGUUCCACAGUUGUAACGACCUGUGACGUAAUCUUAAGGCCAAAGCGCGAAUCCCUUACCGACCCCUUACCGAAUAAUUCUCGUUGGAAAAUGAACAGAAAAGUCAAAAAAUGGAAUCUCCGCUGAACCGUUCAGCUGUGUAAACAAAUGGAAAUUUUCUGAUCAAAAAGGAAGCUUUCAUAUAAACAUAGUUAAGAACUAUGAUAUAAAAUUGAAAAUUGAAAUUGAUCAACUGUUGAUCUUUCUGUGCUAUAGACGAUAGGGGGCGUAUCCCCUCUAAAAUAUGACAGAUGUUCCUUAAUUUGUAAGGGGUUACCCCCCUUACCAAGGGAUAUAGUUGCCCUGUCCCAAUUUGUAUUCCGCUUGAUCAUGGCGUCCGUAGUCGGCGAUACUUUGCGAUUAACAUUUAAACUCUUACUUAGCAAGAUAAGAGAUAAGGGCGCUGAAAAUCUUAAACAUGGAGAUGUGAGCGACGAGCGAUUUAGAGAAUUCAUCGUUCGUGAACUCACGGAUAUUCGUGAGAAGCUCGAAGGAUUGUGUAAGGUUGAUCUGAUCACUUCUGCCAAUUUCUUCAAGGACGGAGUGAGUUUGAUGUACCAAAGCUUUGCCAAAUCUGGGAAUGGCAGCCCAAGCAUUCAAAGUGAAGUCUAUAGCGACGCGUUUGAUAACAUCAGUCUCAUGAACACUGAUGUUACGAACAUCGAACUAGACGAGUGGGAAGUUCUGCAUUUGAUGUCCGAUGGGUUGCAGUUUGACAAAAUCGAUUGUGAAGACAAGUUUUUCGUGGAAGCGAAGGAUUUCUUCAAAAAGGCAGCCGAAAGUGCUACCAAAGCUUUCAGUAACGAAGCAUUGGAUAUCUACGACAGAGUUUUGGCGAUGAAAUUCAGAGCUGCGGCGACAAUGCUACAUUACAUUAGUGAACCGGAAGUCGCAGUUGUGUUGUGCAAGAAUUACAUUGAGCAGCUGAAUGGUUUACCGGAAGUUCUCGAGGCAUUUUCUGUGCGUUUUGGUCGAUUCAACAUGCGAAAGCUGUUUUGUGAGAUGCGUCGAGAAGCUGUUAUUGGCGCAGUGGUCUCCAUAAAUCGCAUUUUGUGGGAAUAUCUACAUCUUUCGUCCAAGGGUGAUGAUGUAUUACGAAACUGGCCGGUUAUUCCCGCAGAUUCAAGGUACAAAAUCCAUCCAGUUCAGAAUUGGGAGGUCUGUCGCGGUUAUUUUUGGAAGUUUGGUGAGUUUGGAAGUGGCCCGGCGCAGUUGAACGGCCCUGUAGAUGUUGCUACAAACAGCAGUGGAUCUUUCAUUAUCGCUGAUCGUUACAACUUCCAGGUUAAAGUGUUUUCAAAAGAUGGAAAUUUGAGCCAAAGAAUGUGCGAAUUGGCUUUCUUACAAACUUUUAACGAAGACUUAGUAGAUACAAACCUAAUUCACCCGCAGAGUAUCGAUGUAGAUAAGUUAGAUCGGGUCUACAUCUGCAGUAGCUAUAAGUCGGCCCUCAGCGGUCAGUACAUCAAUGAAGUCAUUUCCACUGAUCAUCAAGGAGAAUUCCUCUGGAGCUUCGGAAGGGGCGUGUCUAACUUCAAUCAAGGAAAGCUGACCAGCAUUGCAGUAGAUAAAAACAGAGAGAGGGUUUUUACUCUUUGUCAGAAGACAGUUUUUGUGCUCACUACAGGUGGAACGUUCUUGUCAAGUUUUACUUUGACAGGAGAAUUCACCCAGGCGAAGGAGUCACACCUCUGUGUGACAACUGCUGGCAAUUUAAUCAUCACAGCCAAUAAUGGAAUGUUCUGCGUUUCCAAACGAGCUGCCAAUGACAUAAGUUUCAGAUCACGCACAGUCCACCCAACCCGGUUUAACAUGCCGCACAGAAAGAUACCCAAUUUGUUUAAUCCGUCAGGUAUCACGUUUAACCCUCACACGGAGGAAAUUUCUGUUGUUGAUCGAGCGAGUAACAGUUUGAUUAUGUUUGACACCAGAGGAAAUUUUAUCAGGAAAGUUUUCUUUUACGAGAAAUAUUCUUCCGGGGGAGCAACUGUUACCAGAGACGGUCACGUGGCCAUAGCAAGCAAGUCGAGCAAUAAGAUUUUCAUAGUGUGAACCCGUGACUUUUUUCAUAUUGGUUUAUCAAAAAUAUAGCGAUAGAGGAGAAAAAAGAAUAGAAUCUUCCAUAUCUCCAAUACAACUGAAAUUGUCCUAAAAUUGAGAGAAAAAAAAACAACCGUGCAACUAGUCUUCGCCACCGUUCUUUGGGAUGUCACACAACGUUCCCCGAAACUAGUUGAGGGUGUUGUGUGACAUCAUGAACCACUGUCUUAUGGCUCAACUGAGCUUGUAACCGGUUCUCGUUCCUUACAUUAAGGGUACAGAGACGAUCAAGAACAUUAUAUUGGUAAAACGAUUUUCUAAGAAACUAAUUGAAUCAAAACGUCCAUUGGGUAUUUCAUUAUGCUGGAUAUUUUUUUGCCAAAGAACGAUCAGAUGAUUAGAUUGUGGUAGAUAACGAUGCUAUUAUCGUUUCGUUAUAUUCUUUUUACCUUGUGGUUACUUUACUUUACUCUAUAUUUAAU